AUUGAUUCUUCUCCCUCUCCCUUGUCCUCCUCUUCUUCAUUCCCUCCUGUCUCAUCAAACUCCCGACUCUGUAUCAGCUACAGCAUUAGCUAUAAUGGAGUCCAUGGAGUCAUCAUCUUGUAUCCCUCCUGGAUUCCGUUUCCAUCCAACGGAUGAAGAGCUGGUGGGUUAUUAUCUAACCAAGAAGGUUGCAUCACAGAAGAUUGAUCUUCAUUUCAUCAGAGACAUCGAUCUCUACAGGAUCGAACCAUGGGAUCUUCAAGAGCGAUGUCGGAUCGGGUAUGAAGGGCAGAAUGAAUGGUACUUCUUCAGCCACAAGGAUAAGAAGUAUCCCACAGGGACAAGGACAAACAGAGCAACCAUGGCCGGUUUCUGGAAGGCCACUGGACGAGACAAGGCUGUAUAUGAUAAAUCAAAGCUCAUUGGCAUGAGGAAAACCCUAGUCUUUUACAAAGGAAGAGCUCCAAAUGGACAGAAAACCGACUGGAUCAUGCAUGAAUACCGGCUUGAGUCUGACGAGAACAGCCCUCCUCAGGAAGAAGGAUGGGUUGUUUGUCGGGCAUUCAAAAAGCGAGCCAAUGGUCAAAACAAGAACAUUGAAGGAUGGGAUUCAAGCUACUUUUAUGAUGAACCUAGCGUUGUAAGCUCAGUGGUUGAUCCCACUGACUACAUGUCCAUGCAGUCUCAGAACAUAUUAACUCAGAAUUUUCUUUGCAAGCAAGAAACAGAGGCAGUAGAGAACUUAAACUUCAUUCAUUUCGAUCAGUUUGUGCAACUUCCACAGCUAGAGAGUCCAUCUUUGCCAUUAAUGAAGAGGCCAAGUUCGAUAUCUAUGCCAUCAGAGAUUAAUAUUAUUAGCAAUGAAGAGGAAGAAGAAGAGCAGUGCAUCAACAACAAGAAGAACAAGAACAAGCAAAAAGUGACAGACUGGAGAGAUCUAGAUAAGUUUGUGGCUUCUCAGCUGAUGAGCCAAGAAGAUAGGUCGGAUGGUGUUGAAGGAAUUUCGGCCUUUGAAGGAAAUAGUAAUUCCGACAUGGCGGCACUGCUGUUUUUGCAGAGUGGUAGAGAGGAGGGGAACAAGUUGAGUCCUUUCUUGAGUUCCACAACUUCAGACUGUGAUAUUGGAAUAUGCAUAUUUGAUAAAUAAUGAAGGGAAGGGAGACGGAGAAUUUUUUUUUUUUUCUCUUGCUACUAUAAUUAUAUGUGGUUGAUGCAUAUCAUGAGACAUAUCUUUGUAAAAAUAUGUUUUUAAAUGAAGCCUUUCUUCUCGU